AUGAAAAUACAAGAUGGUUUUGAAUGGAGAGAUGGAUCGAUACCUCGUACUUUGGGAAUUUGUGUUUGGCCUGAGGUAUUUUAUGUGGAAAAAGACGGGAGAAAGGUCGAAGUAAUGAUUGUGGAUACCCAAGGAUUAUUUAGUAGUUCACUUGACACAGAUGUUAAUAUCAUGUCAAUCAGCGCUCUUCUAUCCUCUCAUCAGAUUCUCAAUAUUCAGAAAUAUGUGGGUAAAACAGACUUAGAACAUUUGCAGCUUUCAUUAGAAUAUGCACUGGCUGCUUCUCGUAGUUUCCCAAUGAAAGAGAAGUCAUUUCAGAAACUUACCAUUGUGGCUCGAGAUUGGUCAUUUUCUUUUGUACAUGGAUAUGGGUAUGAAGGUGGAGAUAAAUAUGUCGACAAAGUUUUAAAAACAAAAGAUUCAAAUCAAUCAGAAAGGGUUUCGCAAGUAAAAAUAUCUAUCCAUAGCGGAUUCGAGCAUGUAAAUGAAUUCUUGAUGUCUAGACCAAGUGAAGAAAUUUAUGGAGGCGAAAGAUCUCAAGAUAUUCGAAAUGCAGACAUUACAGGGGAGUUUGGAGAACAAAUCAUCAUGUUGGUUGAUUCAGUUUUAAACCCUGAAAAUCUAGUUGUUAAGAAAAUGUUUGGGCAGCCUAUCUCAACAAACGACCUGAUAAACCUCAUAAGUGAAGUUGGCAAUAAUAUUGAGUCCGGAAAGCAACCUAAAAUUGAGACAUUACUAGAGAGCGCCACAAAGGCAAACAAUGCAACUGCUUUGCAAGAGGCUGUGUCAAAAUAUCGUUGUCAUUUGAAACAGAUUAAAUCUUCAUUUCCUUCCGACGACGAACUCCAUGGACAUCAUGAAAAAGUACUCAAAGUAGCAGAAGAAGUAUUUCAUAGUGUGGCAAUUUUAGGAUCUGAAAUUCAAAAUAAGGCUGUUUGGAAUCAUGUGAAGAAAGAAUGCGAAAUGCUUUACAAGAAUAAAGAAGAUGAAAUUAGUUUAAGAAAGGCAGAAAAAAUUGAAAAACUUCGAACUAAAGCAGAUGAGAUUGAAAAGAAAUAUGAAGAUAAAAUGAACAAGUUGGCUAUGGACAUCUCGUUCGAAAAACUUGAAGUGAAAUAUGCAGAGUAUAACAAAGAGGCACUUGGUGGAUAUGAAGUCAGUGCUGACGAUCUGAGAGCCAUUUUAUGGGAAGAUGGAGAUCCUAUAAAGGAGCAGUUGAAAACAAGAAUGGAAACAUUUUUCAAACAAGCGCAUCAACAGCGUAUGACAUUUCAGGCCAAACAAAAAUUGAUCAAGGAAAAAGAACAAUUAGAAAUGCAAAAAGCUGCUAGGGAUUGCUUGAAAGCUGUUCAGCAAAAGAUGCAACUGAUCUCUGGUGAAUUUAUAUCCAAAAUGGAAGAAGUCUGCAAAAAAGAAAAGCGAAGUAUUUUGCAACGGUAUGACAGACAUUGUGGGGGCUUUACUGACAGGGAUGAGGUCAAAAAAUGUCGAAACAUCCUUGAAGAUAAGUUAGCAGAACAUUUUGAAAAAGCUGACAAAAACAACAAACGCAACAUGGAAAUGCUGAAGUCCAAAUGUGCUGAACAUUCUCAAACUGCUGCACGUGAAUAUGAUGAAAAGAUGAAAAAUCUGAUGGGACAGAAUCAGUCACAUGAGGAAGAGUUUUUAGCUAUGAAACACUCAGAAUUCAAAAAAAAUGCAAUGUAUAGCUUCGAUGACUUGCUUAAGAGCAUGUCAUUUUCUCCUUCAGUAUCAGUUGAAAACGAAUUCAAGAUGAAGUUGGAUUUGGCAAUGAACCUAAAAUAUCAAGUUUAUAAAAAGAAAAACGAUAGAGAACGAAUGAUACAAAAAAUGGAGAAGGAGUCAAAGGAAUGUGCCCGCCAUGCGAAGACUGCUCUUGGUGUUUAUACUCAAGACAUGGAUCAGCUACUGGAAAAUGGGAAAACUUAUUCAGAAUUAGGACUGCUCUGGAAGCAUGAAACCUGUGAUUCCAAAGCACUUCGUGAGUUUAGGAAUUUAACUGCAAAUGUAACUUGCUCGCAAAGAAACUUCAGAGAAAAUUUGAUGAAAGAAAUAGAAGAAAAAUUCUCUCAGUAUAGACAAAUGAAUAGUAAAAAUCAUGAUGAGGAGAAACAAAAGCACAUCAAGACUUUGACAGAUGAAUAUGAAGCUUCUAUGAAGGAAUGGGCUGAACACUACUCUCCUGGGGAUGAAGUCCUUGAAAUCAGGCAUAACAAGAUGUUAGUAGAUCUUCUAAAGAAGUUCUCGGAAUUGAUGAACGCAAAAGAAACUGCAGAAGAUAAGGAAGAAUUGGAGAAAGGCAUUAAUGGGGUUUAUUUGAAAAUUGAAGCAGAGAAUAAAAAAAACAGAGAUGAAAGAGAGUUCUUAGAAAGACAAAAGGAAUUGAAUAUGAGAAGUCUGCAAAUCAGUUCUGAAAUCGGAAGACAUGACUUCUUUCAGAGGAUGAGGAUAAAAUCGUAUGAGAAUAUACAUGAAGAAAACUUCCUCUCAUUCUGCCACAGCACACAGCUGGAAGUUUUGGAAGAAUUUAAUGAAGAAACAGAGAAUCUAGGAGAUUCUUUAAAAGAAAAAAUAUUGGAGGAAAGAACCAAGUUGGAGAGAACAGUAGAAGGUUUCAUGAAUGAAGAAAUUGAAAGAAACAGGGACCGAAGAAAGAUUGCCAUUGAUAAUGCAGUCAAAGCGUGCAUUUGGAAUUAUCGAGAAUUUCUAAAUGAGCUGAUGCUAAAAGCUUACGUGACCACCAGCGGAUUUGAAAUGGCUGAGCAAUGGUACAUUGACAUCCUAAAAGGAAAAGAGAAAAUUAAGAAAUUACUCAAUGAAAAAAUAAGAAUGGAAACCGAAGAGGCCAAAAUACAGAAUGAAGAGAAUAAAGAUCACAGGUCUGUUAUAGCAGAUGGAGCUGUGGUUGAAGCUUAUAUAGAAAACGGUGUACUGACCCUCACUUUUUUUGGCAAGUUACGAGCUUUGAUUAAAUCUGCAGCAAUUGGUGUUGUCAAGCUUAAAAAUAUUAUCAAGAAUAAAAUAACCUCGAGAAGGAGUGCUGAAGACUAAUGAUCUUGGUUUGUAAAAAAUGUUUAUCUAUAAAUGAGAAGCUUUACCUUUGUUUUAAUUGUUAGAAAAAACUGAGAAUUAUUUAAAGUUUUUUGUCAUGUUAAGCUAAGCAAUUGUUUAUGUUUUAAUUUAAAAAAACUCAAUUUUUUCUAAUAUGUUAUUUAAAAUCCAGAGUUAAGAAAUUUUUGCGUGCAAUUUUAAGAUUUUUUCACCAAAACAUUUUUUGAUCAUUCUUCGAAUAAAUUUGAAAAGCUUACUUUAUUAU